AUGAACAACAUUCCUGCACUGCUUAACCACUUGGACGCCAACCGGGAGUCGCCCACCUUGAGCUUGGCGUACGCGUCCAUCUCAGAUGAAGGCAUCGUGGAGGUGUCGAAGUUCCUGCGGGACAAUCCGUUUGUGAAGUACUUGGACCUGCGAGGAAAUAACAUCCAGGCCAAGGGGGCCAUGGCCCUGGCUAACGGCAUUAAGAUCAAUAGAUCUUUGCGGAGCCUGAAUUUGAAAUGGAAUGCUAUUGGGAAAGACCCCAGUGGCUUGAAUGCGCUGUGCGACGUCCUGAAGUCGAACUUGACAGUUGGUCACGUUGAUCUUCGAAACAACCGUGUCAACAACGUGGGUGCAAAAUACAUCGGCGAGAUGUUAGCAUCUAACACGACCAUCACGCAUUUGGACCUCUCCUGGAAUGAUCUGGGUGCUGAUGGAGGAUUGGCACUGUUAGAAGGCCUGAAACACAACAGCACCGUUCUGGACUGUCAGCUUAGUGGUUCGAAGGUUGGUGAGGAGACGCUGCACGAAGUAGCCUUCAUUCUUCGGAGGAACAAAGCUUCUGCAGCGUACAAAGCCAGUCCCAAUUCGACUGGAGCACAAAUGGCUGCAGCCGAUGCCAAGACAGCCACACUUGGUAAACCAGUCGCUCCUGGUCGAGGUCAGGUGGACCGGAGCCAAGCAGAGGCGAAGGCUCCUUCUCCUGAAGCGGACUUGCAGCCUCCGAAGAAGGGCCCACAAGCGAAAGCAAACUGGACGCCAAAGGACAGUAGCACGCUGAUGCUACGAUUGAUGAUGAAGGAGAGGGAGCAGGUCCUACCAGAGGACAAGGUGUUCUACCAGCAGAUAGCAGAACAUAUUGAUAAGCUCCUGCUGGAAACCUCGAAGCACAAACAGGGGAGAGUCGAUGGUGAAGAGAGAGAGAAGCUGUCGACGACCGGCUUCCUGGAAAGGGAACAGAGGUAUAUCAAAGAGAUCCGGCAAACGGAGGAAGCUCUGCAAAGAGUUAUAAGUGAGAAGGAGUUCUCGCAGAAAGAGUUGGCUGCCAAGAGCGUGUCUCUCAAUCAGCUGAACGAGCAGAACACUUCUGCAGUACGCGAGUCCAUUGUCAUGCAGGAGCGCACAGCCGCAGAAGAGCAGCAGCUCAGAAAGGAAUUGCGGGAGCUCCAAGUUGAAAAGAAAGACCUUCAGGACAAGUUGGCCCUGAACGUCAAGGACCUGGAGCUCCUGGAACAGGAGAACGAGCGCUUGCGCCAGCAUGUGAAGUCUUUUCAGCGUGACGUCAACGAAAUUCUUGCAUGA